ACAGCCAUGGGUAGAGUAAAAGGAGCUCUUAAAGUCAGGUUUGCUGAUAUUACAGAUAGGUUCUUUGACAAAGUCACUCCAUAUGUAUUUUGGGCGCGAGGAGAUCUCCAGCAAGCUUCAGCUCUCUUCACCAAACUCAUUGAUGGGGAGAAACGCAGUCGCUAUCGGGCAAUGUAUAUGACAGAAAUUGCACGUAUGCAUGCCCAGUUAGGGCAACCUGAUCUGGCAUGUCGAUUCUAUAGAAUGGCUUCAGACAUUGCACUGGAGAAAGGAAAAGCUAUGAUUAAUGCUCAGGAAGUGACGGGACAGCAGUUAAUGUUACUAGCUAGUGUGUAUGAUCAGGGUAUGAUGACUGCAAACAACAACAGAAGUGCAGCUGACCAUUGGAAAUAUGUUGUGACCUCCAAGACUUUCAAUCAGGGAGCAGCAAACAUGGCAGUCAUCUCUAUGUUGUGUUUUCACUCUAGACCUGGCAAUGGUACAGAACCAUCCAGCUUUGUGGAAGCAAAGAGGAGACUGGAGACAAUGGUGGAUAAGAAUCCUAAAUACCAGUAUUAUCUUAGCAUGCUUCAAGCUUUGACUGGGCAGGGCUCUGAUGCAGAUAACACCUACAGGGCAUUCUUACAGAGGGAAAAUGCUGAUGGCACCCAAGAUUCUCCUGGUCGACGGAUGGUCUCUAGUCCACAAACAAGUGGAGUUAGUCGUAAACAAAAGAACAAUGUCUGGCAUGCUCUCUCAACGAUGAUUACUAGAUCUGGGCUGCCUCAGCCUCUUCAUGUUCUGUGGAGGUCCCAUCUACAGCCCCUUAGAGUCUGUGAUCCCACAAGGUUAAUUCCCCCAUCAGAAGCAGACCUUUGCUGUGAUAACCUUGACCUUCGACUGAAUUCUGAAGGUUAUUUGACUGGAAAUAUGAAAACACUGUUGCCACCAAUGAGAAGCAUUAAUUUAGACCCCUACACAGGGAAGCUGUGUUUCCCACAAAUCCCAGGGAGAACUGAGCCUUGGACCUCACUGGACAGAUUCUGUUCCAGCAGUUUAAUGUUCGAUUCUUUUGAUAAUGGAUGUAUACCUUGUCCAGUUGAGGUGUAUCGAGACAAAGAUGGUACCACAAUACAGAUGAUGCUCCCUACAUCUUUAAAGAAUUUUGGGAACUCAAACUGGACGAAAAGUAAUCAGGCAGCCUUGACUUUCUUCUGGUCCAAUGGCAAAGGUGAAAGCGCCAAGCUUAAUGUUCUAAAGAUGUUUUGGCAACUAAUCUACGAGAAAAGAAAGCAGCAAAUUAUGAGAGAAGCACUUAAGGACAAGAAGUCAGAACAAUGGAAGAAAGAUCGUCUCAAACUGUUAAAGCAUUGUUUAGACACAAAGAGAGAGAUGGACUAUUAUUGGAUUGAUGACACAAUGUAUGCCUUUGCUGAGGAAAGAGAAAAAAAUCCCAAAACUUCUCUAAGGAAGUUUCUGAAUGACAGUAACCAUGUUUCACCGGAGUUAAGCUGGAACAAGAACUACACUUCCUAUGGAAAGACACUGGCUUUGAGUUUUAUAUUUGAAAGCGAGUUAUUUGCUAUGUUCAUCGACUGCAGCAGCAGAGAAGGUUUCCUACAACCAAAGUUCAAGAUGGAAUAUCAUAUCUCACAUUUUGGAGACAUUCCCAAUUGUAGAAACUACAAACUAGCUAAGUCUGAAAUAUUCUACUACAGUAAAUCUACGAAAGUAGGUCCUUGUCUGUUAGUUUGUGGACAGAAAGGCAAAGUUCUGGCAAAGAUCAAACAGGAGGAGGAUGAAAACGAAACUGUUCCACACAUCAUUGGCUGUGAUAGUUUGGUGAAGGUCACAUCAAAUAACAGGUUGUGGUGUUGGAAUGACCAAAACAUCAAGAUUGACGAGUCUCUUCCUCCUGUCACGAUAGUCACAUCUCUGGAGUGUUCUGUUGUCGUGGUGUCUCUAAGAGACCAGGAAUACAUAAGAUUUGUAGAUAUCCCUUCCCUGGAGAGUGUAUCAAUCAAGUCUGUCUGUGACAAGAAAGGAUUACAGAUCAGUGAAGAUAACCUCCAGAUCAAAGCAAGCACAGUCAAAGUGCUGACCAGUUGUUACAGGACAGGAAGUGACCACUCCUACCAAGAGGUCAUUCUUGGGCUGGACAUGAACUUGGUGACCUUACAGAUAAUACAGGACCCUGCUAGAUCUGUGGAGGUGAUAAUGACAGAAGUUCUACCUAUAUCUGGAUUCCCAGUGGAACACAAAUUUGUAGGAGAGAGAGAUGGAUACUUGUUGUCAUGGACACAGAUGGAUGAAUCAUCCAACGAAUACAAAGAACACUUAUCCUACUUCAGUAGAGACUCGGAACUCCUCGGGGUUCUACCUUGUCUUGGCAGAGGACCAAGAUCAUUCUAUUUGGUUUACUUGCUUGGAGAUGCUGAUACACAGAAAGACUACCCUGGGUAUGGACUGCCAGGCUGGUAUGUGUACAUGAGAGAUGGAUAUGAUGGAAUUAUUGCCUUGAAACUCCCCACCUGUGUGAGGACUAGCUGAUAUACAUGCUAGGUUAAGUUGAUCACAAAUCAUCUGACUCUUCUGGGAAAUUUUUAUAAUC